CGUGUCGUGGGCGCCGUCCUGGUGGCGGGGAGCGCACCGCGGAGGGGACAUGCGAUCGGAGAAGUCCCUUACGUUGGCGGCGCCGGGGGAGGUCCGUGGGCCGGAGGGGGAGCAACAGGAUGCCGGAGACUUCCCGGAGGCCGGCGGCGGCGGCGGCUGCUGUAGUAGCGAGCGGCUGGUCAUCAACAUCUCCGGGUUGCGCUUCGAGACGCAGCUGCGCACCCUGUCGCUCUUCCCCGACACGCUCCUGGGGGACCCCGGCCGCCGCGUCCGCUUCUUCGACCCGCUGAGGAACGAGUACUUCUUCGACCGCAACCGGCCCAGCUUCGACGCCAUCCUCUACUACUACCAGUCGGGGGGCCGGCUGCGGAGGCCGGUCAACGUGCCGCUGGACAUCUUCUUGGAGGAGAUCCGCUUCUACCAGCUCGGGGACGAGGCCCUGGCUGCAUUCCGCGAGGACGAGGGCUGCCUGCCCGAGGGUGGCGUGGACGAGAAGCCACUGCCCUCCCAGCCCUUCCAGCGCCAGGUGUGGCUGCUUUUCGAGUACCCGGAGAGCUCAGGGCCCGCCCGGGGCAUUGCCAUCGUCUCGGUCCUGGUCAUCCUCAUCUCCAUCGUCAUCUUUUGCCUGGAGACGCUGCCGCAGUUCCGUGCAGAUGGUCGAGGCGGAAGCGAUGGUGGUGGUGUCUCCCCAGUGUCCCGGGGCAGUCAGGAGGAAGAGGACGAUGAAGACGAUUCCUAUACAUUUCAUCCUGGCAUCACCCCCGGGGGAAUGGUGGCAGGGGGCUCAUCCCCACUAAGUACUCUUGGGGGCUCCUUCUUCACCGACCCCUUUUUUCUGGUGGAGACGCUGUGCAUCGUCUGGUUCACCUUCGAGCUGCUGGUGCGCUUCUCCGCCUGCCCCAGCAAGCCGGCCUUCUUCCGCAACAUCAUGAACAUCAUCGACUUGGUGGCCAUCUUCCCCUACUUCAUCACCCUGGGCACCGAGCUGGUGCAGCAACAGGAGCAGCCGUCAGCCAGUGGAGGCGGCGGCCAGAACGGGCAGCAGGCCAUGUCCCUGGCCAUCCUGAGAGUGAUCCGCCUGGUCCGGGUGUUCCGCAUCUUCAAGCUGUCCCGCCACUCCAAGGGGCUGCAGAUCCUGGGCAAGACCCUGCAGGCCUCCAUGCGGGAGCUGGGUCUGCUCAUCUUCUUCCUCUUCAUCGGGGUCAUCCUCUUCUCCAGCGCCGUCUACUUCGCAGAGGCUGACGAUGAUGAUUCGCUCUUUCCCAGCAUCCCGGAUGCCUUCUGGUGGGCGGUGGUUACCAUGACCACGGUAGGUUACGGGGACAUGUACCCCAUGACGGUGGGGGGCAAGAUCGUGGGGUCGCUGUGUGCCAUCGCCGGGGUCCUCACCAUCGCCCUGCCCGUGCCCGUCAUCGUCUCCAACUUCAACUAUUUCUACCACCGGGAGACGGACCACGAGGAGCACGGCCAGUAUACCCACGUCACCUGUGGGCAGCCGGCCCCGGACCUGAAGGCAGCUGACAGUGGACUUGGCAAGCCUGAGUUCUCGGAGGCCACCCGGGAGCGGAGACCCAGCUACCUUCCCACUCCACAUCGGGCAUAUGCCGAGAAAAGGAUGCUCACUGAAGUUUGAUGGAUGCAGGCCGGGCCUGCACGGAAGGAAGACACUGAGCAAACCAUCCCUUAGGGCUCCUUCUCAUUCUCCACCACGCGCACCCCACAGCUCCAGGUGACUUCCUGACUCCCUCCCCUACACCCAGUGGCUGGCGCCAGGACCACACACCUGGACUCUCAAUCUUGUUACUUGACCCCUGCAGCAUCCAAGGUGUUUCUCCAUCUGAGUGACAUUUUCGAAAUUCUAACGGUGCCACCCAUUCGUGUCCAUCUUCUGUCACAUGGAUGAGAUUUCCAUCUGACCUUCCCUCAAGACUCUGAUUUUUCAUGUCUGGGACUUGUAAUAUCUCUAGGAAGAGCGGUGUUGACAAGAUGGAAACCAGGCAUACUUGGGUCCUUUUUCCCCUUAGCAUCUGUGGCUUCGGGGCAUGCCCCUGGCUUAGCCUCUGGCCACAUGGUAACCGGCAGAAACACGGGGACAGAAACAGUACUCCUUCUGUUGUUUUCCUCCAGCGCCCUGUAACACUGGCUGGUCAUCCUGAAGAGGACCCCUGGGAGAGCCUUCAGCUGCCCAGCCUGAAAAUAUGCUCUUCAUCUCUAAUCUUGGAUGCAAUUCGAGAAACUACAAUUACACUUGGCCAUUUAGAGGAUAUGAGAGUCAGUUCUGGACCAAAGGGGCCAAUGGAUUCUUCCAGGUGUGAUCUGGCACUGUAGACAUCAGUCUUUGGUCUCCACUUAGUUCUCCCCACUCUGAUCCCCUGACUCUCUCUAGCUUCCAGGAAGGCUGCUGCUCAGAGCCAAAUACUCUACCUGUGCAGAGGAACUGGCAAAGGGGAACCACAGAGCUGGGAGAAAUGGCUGAAUAUAAUGAAGCACCUGGCUUGACCGCUUAUCAGAAGAGAGGUGCUACGGAGACAGUGCCAUCUCGGGGGGCAGAGGAGUCUUCUGCUGAUAGCAAAUUUCUCUCCCUCACUUCCCCCGACCCUCUCUAGCCCUCCACCCUUCUUCCUGGGAGUCUGACUUAGGAUUGCUGUUGAAGGCUUUCUAAAGCAGACUCCAGCCUAAACCCACAGACAGGUAAAAGCACACAUUGGAUGCUAGCGUGGGCUUUUUUUUUUCUUUUCCAUUUUGUGGGCAAUGAGACAGGUGGUUUAGAGUAAGGAGGAAGCAUUAUUCCUUUGCUGACAGCCUCACUGUUAGAGGUUUUUGCUGAGUCAAACAAACAUUCUCCUGCUCUGGCCCUGGAGCUGCAGCCAACAGCUCUCACUGGUAAGGUGCCACCUGGACCAAGUCAUCUUCUUCCGCUGUGAACCCGUGUUUCUGUCCCCUCAUCACAUUGUCAUUCAUUUGUUGCCUUGAUCAACUGUGAUGCACUGUUCUGAACUCUCCUGGGUACAGUUCAGAAACUGAAAGGACUGUUAACGAGUUUUUAAUUUUAUAAACCAGGCUUUAAGGCUCCUUGAUAAGAAUUUUUAAAAAAAUCUUUUCUCAAAGAGCAAACUUAUGAGGGACGGCCUCUUGAGGGUUUUCUUGAGAGACACUGUCCGGAUGUUGCCACACUUUACAGGGUAACUUGGGUGUCACAGUCCCUCUUUGUGCCUCAGUUUCCCCACCCAUUCAAUGGGAACAUUCAUGUCUUCCCCCCACCCCCACCUCAUGGGGAAUGGCCCGUGAACUCAUCUGGGAGGCUGGGGAUGACGCUAUGCAAAUGUGUGAACUUCCGUAAUGGUUUCUAGUUCAUUACCACGUUCCCCCAUCUCCCAUAGGCAAGGCCUCCCCUGAGAGUUCCUGCCUUGGAUCCAGAGCCCAUGCACAGGCCAUUCUGGGCCAUUAGCUCUUUAAAUCCCUCCCUAGCCUCUUGAACUGGGCCUUGGUCUUUCUUCUUACCCUUUGGCAAGGAGGAUACUCUUUGGAGUGAUCCAGUGGGAUCCUUUUAGGGCCAGACACCAUCAUCUUGAUUGGGAGCUUGGCGUCUCCAAACCUGAAAUGCAGUAGGAGAUGCUCAUGAUUCAGACACUUGCUCUGAGGCCAUAAAGUGCCAGGUUUCCAAAUCUCUUCUGGAAUAUUAACUCCUGGCAGUUCGGGGGAAAGAGAAGGCCCACCCAGAGGCAAAAGGAAUGCUCCCGGCGAGGGUAAUGUUGGCACACGUAGGCGUGUGUCUCUGUAUGUAUGUAUGUGCUCAUCUUCAUCACCAUUUCCUUUUCAAGUCAGAGCGUGCCCGAAAGUAAAGGGUUUAUGGAGAGCUGGGCUCUCCAGGGACUCUGGUUGCCGUAGCAACCUUCCAGACUGUUCUCUCUAUCUUCUGAUUUGGGCAGCCAGGGAGAACAGGAGACUACGUAUUCCCAGCUGCUGAAAGGGGGACGCCUCUCGCAUAUGGGUUUAGGGGCUGCUAGGGCUAGGACAGGGGUGCGUGACCUUCAGAGAAUGAAGGGGAAGCAGGUCCCCAAAGCUUCCCAUCUGGACCUUUCUUCCUGGUUUCCCCACCCAGUCAUUGAAGCUGCCUCAUCCCACCCCUGAGUCUUCAGAAACUUGAAUGCUAAGCAACUGCCGGUUAAACCAAUGUCCAUAUUAUGUUUUUUGAAAUGGCCUUGGAGGGGACUAGCUUCUCCAGAGGCAGUCAAGCUGGGCCUGGCCAAGGGUCGUACUCGUUUUAAUCCGUAAUAGCACGUGGGGAGCACUCACGUCCUCGGAGAGAGGCUCCGCCCAGCCCCAAGAGAGACAGAAACGAUGCUCCGUCUUCCCAAGGAACAGUCUAGCGCUUGGGAGGGAUCUCAUAGGUGGUUCAUCUUAAGAUGUGCAAGAAACACUGAGAGGCUGUGACCUGACCUAGUUCCUGUGAAGGAUUCUGCCAAGUGAACCCCUCUGACUCUGAGCCUCUUGAUGUGGAUUUUGCUCCCUGAGCGCCGAGACAGUCUGUGCCCGGUGUUGCUGUGACAGCUGGGGUGGCGAUUUCGCAGCUGCCAGCAGAGGGGUUCAGGUCAUCGUUACACCUGACUCGGGCCCACAGGAGCUCCCAGAGGUCUUCCUGGAUCUGUGAAGCUCGGCUGAGACGUGGGAGAUUUCGUCCUGCCAGAUCAGCCCCAGGAGAGAAGGGGACAGCUGGCCGUCUUUGCACCCGAGACACAAUGCCUCUACGACGAAUCUCCUCUGAAAGCGUGCGGUAGCUCCGGCUCUGAGGAGUCAUAGUCGCCUGGCGCCGUGUGAGGGCUUCGUGGGGAGAGCACGGAUGCAGCCUCAGACCUGGAAGGAAGGGAAGAGGCUGGCACAGAGGUCCAGACCAGGAGACCUACAACUCCACUUCUGAUAGUGGCUGGACAAAGAGGGUCCGGAC